GUUUUUAUAUAUUUAUUUUCAUAGCUGAUAGAUUAUUAUAUAAUAAAAUUUAUUUAUUUAUUAAUCCGCGGUUCAUCUGUGGUCGACCCAGUAAUCUAGCGACCCGGUAAGUCGUCCGGUUCAGUGUCCGGGCCGGGUUUAAAAACAUUGACCACUAGAUUAAAUUAUUUUUAAAAAAUUAAGAUCGAAAAUUAUUUUUAUUAUUUAAAGGCCUGAAACUCAUGCUUCUACAACUUUUUAUUAGGGUCCGCCUGCCUGUCGAUAAUAUCAAACAGAGUAGCUAAACUUUUUUAAUACUUUUUAACUGUUUUAAACUUACAAAUUUCUGAAUUCUACUAUUUGAUAUCAAAAAUAAGUAUUUGAAAAUUUGAAAUAAAUUCGGGACGAGCAACGAAACACUAGGAACGAGUAAUUGUCUAGCCCUAGUUAAUAUAAAGUUCUUGUCUCGUCGUAUAAAAAGAUCAAAGAGUCGUAUUCAUUAUGGUCAAACUCAUAAAUAGUAAAUAUCUAACGAACUUUGAUAAUCUUUCUUGCGCUCUCUAACGCCGACGAGCCACCGCGAAAACAUCAACCACUCAAUGCCGCCGCCGUCGCCCUCGUUUUCUUCACUUCCCGUCGAAAUCGUCUUGGAAAUCUUAGCUCGCGUCCCGAAACGCUUUCACCCGAUCCUCUCUUGCGUCUCCAAGACCUUCCGCAGUCUUCUUCAUUCGCCGGAGAUACACAAGACUCGCUCUCUCCUCCGCAGAGACUCGCUCUUCAUCUGCUUCGUCGAAAAAACAGAUCAACAAUGGUUCACUCUCCGCAGAGCCGAGAAUAACAACCCGACAGAAGAGAAGAACCACUUCGUCUCCAUCGACCUCGCGUUCCCUUGUGAGACCGAGAAAGAGCCCUCCGUCGUCGCCAUAGGGGCGGAGAUCUUCUUUAUCUGCGGAUCGUUCUAUCCUUCGUCGGCCAUGUGGGUUCUUGAUUCAAGAACCGGGACGUUUCGCCGAGGACCUAGCUCGAGAGCUGCUAGGUUAUGCAAAAGCGUCGGGGUGGUCGGGAGCAAGGUGUACGUGAUCGGGAGCUAUAGAGACGACGAGAUACACGUGGAGGCUUUUGACACGAAGACGAACACGUGGGAGCUAGCGCCGGUUCCUGAGGAUCAAGAUUGGUGGAGUUCGGAUGCGACCGUGUCGUUAAACAGGAAAGUCUGUGCGUUACAUUUCUCUAGCGAUGCUAAUUGCUACGAUACUAGAGACGGGUCUUGUGAGAGUUUAGAUUUGCCUAAGGGUGAACGGUUGUGGAGAAGUAGAACGGGUGGUUAUGUGAUGAACAAUGUGCUCUACGUUUAUUACGCUAGGUUCGGGUUGAUGUGGUAUGACUCUGAGAUGAGGCUAUGGAGAGUGGUUAAUGGUUUGAGUCAUCUCAACAAGGUCCGGUCUGUUGCAAUGGCGGAGUAUUAUGGAAAGUUGGCGUUCUUGUGGGAAGAUGGUGUGAGUGGUGAAACUAAGGAGGUUUGGUGUAGAAUGAUUGCUUUGGAGAGGAGUGAAAGAGGGGUUCGUGGGAUAGCUGAAGCGUCUCAACUUCUGGGGAGCGUCCCUCGUGGCUAUAUACUGCAGCAUUGUCUCUAUGUUUCAGAUUAGAGAGAGUAGUGUGUCCCUCGUAGCUAUAGAUAAAAUGUCCUUAUAUGAACUACUUUGUUAUAGAUCCACCAGCCUUAUAUGAACUUUAGACAUGUGCUUUUGUCAUAGGAUCUCAUUGAUUAAGCCAAGGAUGUUUCUUUACAUUCCUACUUCUAUGUUUAAGUUUUGAUUGUCAGAUA